AUGGCUAAUAACAAAGAUUCGUUUAAAAUAGUUCUACUGGGUGAUGGAGCUGUUGGAAAGUCGUCUAUUUUGCUAAGGUACACUGAAGACAAGUUCAAUGAUAAUCAUCAGUCAACAAUACAGGUAAUACCUAUCUUAUAUGUUCUGUGUGCAGUUUUAUAUUUUAGUAAUUUGAACAAAAAUUGUAUUGAAAAAUUAUUUUUGGUUAAAAUUUUAAAUAAAUUUGUUUCUAGGCUGCUUUCGCAACGAAAAACAUUAGUGUAGAUAACAAGAACGUGGAACUGAAUGUUUGGGACACAGCUGGCCAAGAGAAGUUUCACGCAUUAGGACCAAUCUACUAUAGGGAUUCGAAUGGAGCUCUUCUAGUCUACGACAUUACGGAUGAAAAGUCUUUCAAGAGGGUAGGUGCUAAUUUAUUACUUUCUUUAUUUUAGUUAGUAAACUAGAUUUUAAUUCUAAAAGUUACUUUUUAGGUUCAAAAUUGGGUGUUAGAACUUAACCGUAUGCUUGGCCAAAACUGCGUGUUGUAUAUAGUAGGAAACAAGCUAGAUCUGGAGUCUCGACGUCAAGUUGAACCCGAAGAAGCUCAAGCUUACGCAGAAUCUGUAGGAGCCACAUGGGGUGAGGUGUCAGCGAAGGACAACAUCAACUUAGACGAGACUUUUCACAAGUUGACAAAGCUGAUGAUCGACCGGACUGUGGAGAUCCAGCUAGCCAAAUUGGAACGUCAGCCAAGUCUGCGACGACAAGGCUCAAGAAGGACUAUAAGAGUGGAGGACGACUCGAAUCUACAACAGAAACCUAGCCGAAAGUGCUGCUGA